AAGGGGAUUGCCAUUGCAUUUCGUGUGUGUAGCUUUUUUAACUUGCUCUCCUCCGACUUGGCCCGUUCUUUAAUACCAGAGUGUCCUAUGCUACGGGCCAUUAUCAUAGUCUGCCUGUCUGGUCUCCGUCCUCCUGGUCUCUCAAGCUCACACGGUGCACCAACGCUAGACCGAGAACAUCUCGCCAUCAGCUCAUCAUCGCCGCCACACUUUUACCUCUUCUUCCUCCUCUCCCCCUUCUUCUGCACCAGGACUUUGGUCCCAGGACCUACUUUUUAAGCCCCCUUCCGGUCCAGUAAAAUUGCACCGAUUUCGACGCUCGGGUGAUGUCCACACUUUUCGCAACUACAAAGCAAGUGCAAGUGCCAGUGAUAUUGCCUCGUUGCAUUGGAAUCCUCAUUGUUGUCUCAGUUGGGUUGUGGGAGUUGUUGGGGUGAAAGUGAAUUUAGAAUGUGAGACGCGACGCGACUCUUGUUCAUAAAUCAUGAGCUGCAUUUUCUGUUCCUGCACUGCCACGGCUGCACCUUGUUCCUCGUCUCUCAUUCCUUUAAUGAAACCCAAUCCAUCCAUCCUCUCACUACACUCGUUCAAAUAAUCAUAAUCGUAGGAAGGAGAAUGAGAUCUCACAUGCACGCUUGCAUUCGUGGUCAAUAGCAAGGUGUGCACAUAAGUAUAGCGUACAACCUGUGUGUGUGUGGGUAGAAUAUUGGUACGCAGGAUUACACAUAGCAGCCGGUGAAUUGACUGCUGCGAAUUCCAAAGUUUCCACACCUUUGAGCCGGGUUCGAUUUGUGGGGUUGUGACAAAAAGUUUGGAAAAUGUGCAAGUACUUGAAAUCUGUGAGGACAUUUACCGAGUGAGAUGGAAUGAGAGAGAGAGGAAUGCAAUAUGUAAUGUGAUCGUGAUAAAUAAAGACUCGGAAUGGAAACGUGCUGAAAGUGCAAUUUCUUCUCCGGCAUCUCCAAAGCCUCAGAAGACGAGUAAAAAGAGGAACAAGAAGAAGAAGGCGACGUAGCUGCAGCCAAGUGUCCUGCACGAAGAUGGAAAAAAUUAGAAAGCCUACAACAAAUAUUUUUCGCAUGCUUUUACUCCUCAUCGGCGUAACGACACUGAUUCUCAGUCCGCUGUGUCUCUACUCAUACUUUUACUACGUUGGUGUACCUCACAAGUCUCAGGUUGACCCCUUCGGAGAGUGGACAUCGGAGGGGGACGUUAGGUUAACAGAUAGCAGUGCUGCCAUAGUGUCCAGUGAAGCCUCGUCGUCCUUCUAUGGGGAGAGUGGUGCAUCGAGAAAUGCAACUGCUGCUGCUGGUCCACAUUCUCAACUCCAGCACCACAAGGACUCAUCUUCAUGGUCUGGUGCAGCAGACUCUGUCGAGGAGCACAAUCGAUUGCUGGAGACGAUUAGCAGAAAGAACGUGGCCAAGUUGCGAAGAGAGUUGAUUUACAUUUACAAACUACCUCCGGUAACAGACCAGGACUACGAGCAUGAGGACUUGGCCCUCCGUCGGCGUCGCAAGCAUGAGGGGACGUUGGGUGGGGUCUGGCUUUUUGACGAUUUGGACACGGAUGAUUACCUCACUGAUGACACCUCCUCAACAAACACGACGCCUCAUCGCUUCAGCAACGCCAAAAGAAGCAAUAGUGUCACAUCGCACAGUCAUAAAAACGUCCCCGAAGCAGCUCACCCACCAAACCACCGAUUUGACAUAACUCAUCCAAAUGCCAAAGGAGGAGGCUAUGGAAUUAGGGUGGAUGCUGACAAUAAGAAGCCACCACAACCACUGCCCCACCAUCACCAAGUAUACGCUGCUACUGCUGCUACUUCUGCUACCACUGCCAGCUCGACACAACUUUCUCCAAAAUCCCGGAAUUAUGACAAAGCGAAUGAUUCAGAAUUAUCGGAUUCCCAUAAAAGCACAAGGACGGCGGCGGCUGAGUCGUCUUCCGGUCUGUCACUGCCACUCCCCCCACUGCCCAUAACCAAGGAGGGGGAGAACAAUAAUGGUCGUCUGAAUGAACAUUUUUCUGAUCCAACGCCACAACAACUACUGCCACCACAACCACCCAAAGUACAAAACCAAACGAAAUGGGAGCACAAUGGAGAAAGUUGGAGUAGGAGAGCAAACAAAUGGUACAAUACGGGUCAUUUCCGUAAAUCACAUGCUAUAAUUUGGGAUCCACACCCCCAAUACCGGUUUCAUGCUUUUGGUCAUCGUUUCCACUUGAUGCUAAACCUCAUUCCCCAGAAGCACUCAUUUCUCACCCCCAAUUUCGCCAUCACCACUCACACCACCACCACAACAGACCCCCAUCGACAACAAGAACCACCGUUCAGCAGCAGCAGGGUCAGUAAUGAAAGUCUCAUGUGGAGAGAAAAUCUCGGAGGGAAAAUCAGCGGCUGCUUUUACAAUGGAUUUGUCCUCGGCGAUCCUCAGUCAUCCGUGGCUGUCAGCUUGUGUCAUGGAAUGACUGGUCAUAUCCGUACAUCCCAUGGAUCCUAUUUUAUUGAGCCAUUGUCUCCCACAUCGGACGAAUACUUGAAGAAAAAGGCGACAGAAAAAGUGAGUGGAAAUGGGAGCAACUCCGCUGGAAGAGAAUCUACUCAUGAUAUUAACGAUGACCAUGAGAUUCUCCAUGAGAUUUACCAAGUGGGCUUAGACCUGCCUGCAACUGCCUCCGCGGCUGAAGAGAAGGACGAGAAGACGGCUGGAAGUCGCACGUCGUCGACGACGACGGCGACAGAGGAGGACUAUUCAUACGAGUCAUCGGACAACUUGCAAAUCGGAUCCCCAACUUAUGAGGACGAAGAUGAAGAGGACGAUUACUGGCUUAAUCCAGGCGGACUAGCACCAAAACCCACAAAGUUGCCAAAAUCUAAUUUAGAGGCAAAGUCACGGACCAAAAGAUCCAUGUCAAGAGAACGCUUCGUGGAAUUAAGCGUGGUAACUGACAAAUCGAUGUCUGCGUAUCACGGGGAUAAUUUGAAGCACUACGUCCUCACACUAAUGUCCAUCGUAGGUCUCAUUUACAAGGACGCGAGCAUCGGCAACCCCAUCAACAUUGCUCUGGUUAGCUUUCAUGUCCUCCCAGACAAAAGUUUCGCCACAAACAAAUUGUCCGUGGAGAACAACGCUUCAUCCGAAGCUCUCCCUGGAUUAAGUGCAUCGGAAAUGCUCCGCAGUUUUUGCAAGUGGCAAAAAGAGCAUAACAUUUUGGACGACAAGUCUGUACAUCACCAUGAUACGGCUCUUCUUCUGACUAGGGAGACGAUUUGUCGAAACCCUUGGCUCAACAAAUGUGAUACUCUGGGCCUCGCAGAAUUGGGAACAAUGUGCGACCACUACGCGAGCUGUGCCAUUGUCCAAGAUAAUGGCUUAUCGGCUGCAUUCACCAUAGCCCAUGAACUUGGCCAUGUGUUGAACAUGCCUCACGAUGACGACUACAAAUGUCAAAUGUUCCUCGACUCACAAAGUAACCAUCCUUCGUCAGCCAAUCAUGUCCACCAACAGUUUACAUCCGAUACUCCCAACUCUGCCAGCGGACCUCAACACUACGUCAUGUCGCGGAUGUUAGACCACAACACGUACCCCUGGGCCUGGUCUCGAUGCUCCAGGCACUUUCUGACCGAGUUUCUAGAUGCUGGGCACGGAGCCUGCCUCGAAGACACGCCUCGGCUGAACUUACUAAUUGGAGGCGGUGAUAACCCAGACUCGCAGACCAAUUUGGUAGACAACUUCACCAGUCCCCAACAACCUGGGGAAAUAUUCUCGGAUCACAAACAGUGCGAACUCGUAUUUGGUCCAUCCAGCAAGCUCUGUUCUUACAUGCCCAGUUGUAAACGACUUUGGUGCACGACGGGAACCACGACGGAGGAGCAGGAGGGUUGUCGAACUCAGCACAUGCCUUGGGCUGAUGGGACAGCCUGCGGAUCUGGGGGCUCGAAUUGGUGUCAACGAGGAGCCUGUGUUAAGAAGGACUUGGAGAAGCUCAGGACGGUUCAAGGAGGAUGGGGCGCUUGGAUGGAGUACGGCGAGUGUUCCCGGACAUGUGGGGGCGGGGUUCGAAAGUCGUACCGAGAAUGCGACAACCCACGACCUUCAAAUGGUGGGAAGUAUUGCAUCGGCCCCCGUGUCCGUUACGAGUCUUGUCUCACUCACGAAUGCCCCAGCGAGGUUGACUACAGAGCCGAACAAUGCUCCAAUUUUAACAAUGACAACUUUAAUAUUCAAGGCCUACCAAGCGAGAUAACGUGGGUUCCCAAGUAUCACGGAAUCAGUCCAAAUGAUCGAUGCAAGUUGUUCUGCCGAGUCCAAGGGUCAAGUUCAUAUUACCUGCUGCGGGAGAAAGUGGUGGACGGUACUUCAUGUGCUCAUGAUACUUUUGACGUGUGUGUUAACGGUGCUUGUCUUCCCGCUGGAUGUGAUCGAAGACUCCACUCCAAAAAAGCCCUAGAUAUUUGUGGGGUCUGUGGUGGCGAUGGAGUUUCAUGUCGGACAACUCGGGGGUCGUUCAAUGAGAGCAAAUACGGUUACAAUACCGUCAUCCGAAUCCCUGCAGGAGCUUCCAACAUCGAUAUUCGCCAACGUUCCUUUGAUGACACGGCGAGAGAUGACAACUAUUUGGCCCUGAUGGACAGCAAUAACGAGGAAUUCAUUCUCAAUGGGCAAUUCGUUGUCUCCAUGUUUAGAAAGACGUUGCAUUACGGUGGAUCCAUUUUGGAGUAUUCUGGUUCAGAUGAAGUCGUAGAACGUAUUAACUCCUCUUCCCGUCCGAUCAAGUCGGAUUUAGUUUUGCAAGUGCUAAGCGUGGGGAAGCUGAACCCCCCGGACAUCGUGUAUCAGUAUGUCAUCAGUCUCAACUAUAAUUCCGAGAGUGGUGGGGGACGAAGUAAUAGCAACUCGGAAGAAGCUCGAUGGACUCAUUCAGAUCGGUGGACAACUUGUUCAGAAAUUUGCCAAGGGUCUCAAAUGCAAAUUCAAGUUUGCACAAAUGCGAGGUCGGGUUCCGAGAUUUCGUCAGAGUACUGCAGAAAUAUUGGGCAACCACAAGAUGUUCGAAGACCAUGCAAUAUGCAUUGCACGCUAAAAUGGUCUAAAGUGCAGAAACCUUGCGACUGUGUUCACCCAAAUAAAACCGAGGUCAGUUUCAAAUGUGUGCGUGACACGUCUGGAAACAAAACAUUUAUUUCGGACGGAUACUGUUCGAAACUGGAGAAAGGUGACUCUACUCCGGAGUGCGUUGUGGAGUGCUCGCGACCCAAAUGGCGUCAAACGCAGUGGUCAGAGUGCAGUGCGCGGUGUGGGGAAGGAACACAGUAUAGAAAUGUUUGGUGUCAGAAGUACAAUGUGCAACAGGGGAUAAGGAGUGCUAGUUCCGAGCAAGAAAACGUUCCCUACAUUCGCCUUGCUGACGCUGAGUGCGCCGGAGUCAAGCCAAGCAGUCGGAAAAAAUGUAACAGUGGGCCGUGCGGUCAAUGGAAAAUCGAUCAGUGGAGUCCCUGUUCUUCAACAUGUGGACAAGGAAUUAGUCGAGGUGCGUACGCUUGCUAUCUGGACGAUGUCAUCGGACCUUCUGAUUUUUGCAAUCAUUUGCCAAAACCUCCGUUGGAACGAACGUGUGAGGCUGACAUACCGUGUGUUGAGUGGGCCAUCAUGACUUCAAGUGACAACUUUGUUACACAAUUUACUGACGACGACCACUGGAGCGACUGUACCACAAGGUGUACUCCGUCCACUGGAUAUCGGAGCAGAUCAAUCGUGUGCAUUAUGCAGCAAGGAAGUCGGAAACAACAGAAGCAAGUCACUGACAGUCUUUGCGAUCGACUUCUCGCCAAUAAACCAAUGUCAUCUAAACCUUGUGACGCUGUGAUUCCUGAUGACUGCAUCGUGGCUCAGCAUCAAAUGCAUCUUCAACGACAACAAAUGCACCGACAGAAUUCGCUAUUUUCUGCUGCAUCAGCCACCAGGCUCCCAUUUAGUGGCAGUAAACCUGCUCAGGCUGGCAUAAGUCUGCCCCUCAUUAGCGAUAAUACGAUUGGAGAGGAUGAGGGUCACAGCAGUGACUGGAUCACAGGGCCGUGGAGUACAUGUUUCAAGUCGGGAGUCAAUGCCAUUCAAAUUCGCGAAGUCAAGUGUCCAAAAGACAGCCGGUGUGUGGAGCAGAGGCCGCUGAACAGUCGAGCAUGUGGGGUGUGGUUCACGAAGGAGUGGGACCGUUGCAACUCUACGUGCGAAAACCGCAUAGGUUAUGAAACACGAGAAGUGAAAUGUAUCCAAUCCGACGGAGAAAGUUCCUACUCGAACGAGUUGGAAGAGUCCGAUUGCUUGAAUCCAAAGCCGGACAGCAGCCGCACGUGCACCUCGUACUGCAAGGCCAACGGACGUUGGAGGACUGGGCCAUGGGGGAAGUGUUCGCGACCGUGCGGAGUGAUGCAGAGUGUGGGGAACAACGACGCAAGGGGGAUUCGAAUGAGACAGGUUGCAUGCGUCGAUGAAUCUAAACCAUCGUCCAUGCUCCCGGAAGCUGAAUGCGACAGCAAGUCAAGGCCCGAAAGUAGUGGUUCUUGUGCGGAUUCCGAAAAUCAACCUUGUCCAGUGUGGUCCGUUUCAGAGUGGACAGAGUGUAUGGCAAUUACCACGACGGCUGCGACGACAAUUACCAAUAGUUCCAAACUGCAUCCUAAAAAGUUGGUGAAACCGGUAAAAAAGAAAGUUGACCUAUGCAACGACAGUGCUCAAGAAGUUUGGGGUCACCGAGAGCGGACCGUGAGAUGUCAUGAUCACAGUGGUCAAGAAAUCCCAGAAUAUCACUGCCGACUUUUAAAUAAAAGACCGGAUCAUAGCGAACGAUGCGUGCUGAGCAAGAAGCAUUGCAUUCACACUUCGCCGUACCGGUGGCAAGUUGGGAACUGGUCACAGUGCUCCAAGAAUUGUGGAUCGAAGGGGGUCAAGAUGAGGACGGUGGAAUGCACACGAGGUGGACAUUUUGGAAAAUUGAACACCACGACUGUUGUUGACGACAAGUAUUGUCAACGGGGAGGGAAAAAAAGAAAGCCUAAAACCGAACGAGGUUGUGCAAGGUUCCACUGUCCAUUUAAAUAUGUCACGACAGAGUGGACAGAAUGCUCCCGAACUUGCGGGUAUGGCCUUCAAAAGCGACAAGUAACGUGUCACCGGGUCAACCGGUUGGGUUGGAUAGAUCCUGACCCCGAUCCUUCAAAUGGUUGCGAAAGCAUGGAGAAACCAAAGGAGUACAACUAUUGCAUGAUAUCAGAAAGCUGCACAAACUCGACACGUUCCUAUUUCUGGAAAAUAGAGGAUUGGUCCGAGUGCCCAUCACCCACCCAAUUUUGUGGACAGAAGGACAGAAAGGUGUUUCAAAAGCGUAAAGUUUAUUGUGCCCUGAAUGGCAUCCGAACACCGCAACGUCACUGUGAAAAGUUGGGUCAAAAGCCGAUUCGAAAACGACGGUGUCCGAGAAGUCCGUGUGGAUGGAAAAGCUGCUUGGAAGUGAAAGCAGCAGGGAAUUAUCUGGACGGCGAGUAUCAAAUGCUCGUGGGCGGACUCAAUAUUUCCAUUUACUGUCACGGCCUAAGUUCGGAACGUCCCAAGGAAUACCUGUCAUUGUGGGAAGAAGGAAUUUCUGAAAUCUAUGACAAAAGACUAAUCCGUCCAGAAACUUGUCCAAGAAAUGGGAGACGACUCGAAACUUGUGAAUGCGUUCAAGAUAGAAACAGACGCUCUGGGUUAACGACGUGGAACAAGAUUCGAUUAAACGUCACAAACUUGAGAGUUGAUACUGAUGAUUUUAUGUUUGCAAAAUCAAACGGUGAUCUCAUUCCAUUCGGUACGUCGGGAGACUGUUACAGCAGUGCGAUGAACUGUCCUCAGGGGAGGUUCAGCAUAGACUUGAGACGAACCCAUUUGGCCGUAUUACCCGUAACGACGUGGGUCAGCCAAGGUCACAAGCCAACCAUGCAGAUAACGAAAGCAAGUGAUAACCAAAAGGUUGAAGGGAAAUGUGGUGGAUACUGUGGAACUUGCAGCCCCAAUCGAAUUAUUGGACUAAAGUUGGGCGUCGUGCAGUGACUUUGAUCAUCUCGGAGAACAAAGAAGACGAUGAAAUUUGAACAAUGCAUUUGAACCAGUUGGUUUGUUAAUAUAAAUACACAUACCUGCAACUAACUGCCAUUUGAAACUGCCAUUAGUUGCCACUGCGGCGGCGGCGAAGGAAGGCCGCCGCGUUCUACGGCAUUCCUCUCAUGUCUCAAGGGUACAUGCAUUUUAAAAUGUGGACACGCUUGAGACGCUCGUAUUCAUAAGUCGACAAAGUUGAAGAGAUAUUAGAUCUUUGCCCUAUAAACUGGUAUUUUACUUUGGUCAUAUAGCUUUAGUUUCACAGAAACUGCCUCGACGACUGCCAUAAAUAAAAUAUUAUAUUUAAUUAGCUUGUAAAUAUGUAUGUACUAAAUACCUAUGUUAAGGCUUAAAUAUGCAAAUUUGUGGUAACUACAACCGUUUUGCGAUUGUGAAUGUGCCUUUUAACUCACAACUCAACUCAGUAUUCAGGAAUUCAAAGAUGUACUUAAAAUGCAUUCAUAAUAAUACAUACAUACAUAAUAUGGGUCGUGGUGGUGCAAUCAUCGGUACGUAUUUAGUGCGGUUAUUCAUUAAGGAUUGUACCUUUUCUAGCCUGUAAGUAGCCGUAGCAGUAAUCACUAAGUUGUUUUGUUGAUCAAUUUGCUAUGUGUUAUCGUUACUUGAGAUUGGAGCUUAUUUUAUUCGAUAGUAUAUUUUUAAAAAAGUAUGUGGACCAUAGUAAAUUCUAUGGAGCAACCACGUACUAUGACGCCACGGUCUUCACUUUAGCGAACAGUGCAAACUUUCUUUCUGGAAUAUGGACAGCAACGGAUGACGGAGGGAAGAAUGGGUGCUACUACAUAUUGCAGCUAUUAGCUAUAGAUUUAUGUAUUUAAUGUGUAAAAACUAGUCACUUCUUCGAUAAAGUAGACACCGAAAAAGUAUUCCCGUCAAUCAGCGGGUUUGUCGUUUUUUGUUUAUGUCAUAUACCACCGAAAUACUUUUGUUAUAUGUCGUGCAAUUUUUGAAUACUCAACAUGAAUAGAUUAUUUUACAGCCUGUGGCUUUUUAAUUGUUUUGUAACUUUUUAAUUCAUUGCAAUAAAUUUUUCACAAAGCUGAUGCCAUUCA